CUCUACCAGGCGGAGCGGCGGCGGCGGCGGCGGUGAUGGGACCCCAGCGAGAGAUCUGCGGCUAGGCUGGCUGCACUUGCUCCACGGGUCAGGGGAUCGGAGGGGGCAGGAUUGAAGAAUGUGCCAUUAAAAAGAAAGAUCAAGGAGUAAACAAGAAGAAGAAAAAGAGGACUUCAAAGGCCAAAGCCGGUGGUGCUGAUCCAUGUGGAUGUUGUCAUUCCAGCUGGGAAGGAUGAGUUCUUGCAGCAACGUCUGUGGGUCCAGGCAGGCACAGGCUGCAGUUGAGGGCGGGUACCAGCGCUAUGGAGUCCGGUCCUACCUGCACCAGUUUUAUGAGGACUGUACCGCCUCAAUCUGGGAGUAUGAGGAUGAUUUCCAGAUCCAGAGAUCACCUAACAGGUGGAGCUCAGUAUUCUGGAAGGUCGGACUCAUCUCAGGUACAGUCUUUGUGAUCCUCGGAUUGACUGUUCUGGCAGUGGGCUUUCUUGUGCCCCCCAAAAUCGAAGCAUUUGGCGAAGCCGAUUUUGUGGUGGUCGACACACAUGCUGUCCGGUUUAACAGUGCUCUGGACAUGUACAAGUUGGCAGGAGCUGUUCUCUUCUGCAUUGGAGGCACGUCCAUGGCAGGGUGCCUGCUGAUGUCAGUGUUUGUAAACAGCUACUCCAAAGAAGAAAAAUUCCUCCAGCAGAAGUUUAAAGAACGAAUCGCAGACAUCAAAGUCCACACCCAACCGGUUACAAAAGCUCCAGGGCCAGGGGAAACAAAGAUUCCAGUCACUUUGUCCAGGGUUCAAAAUGUCCAGCCUCUAUCGGCAACCUGAAACCUUUCCCACCCCAGUUCUUCUUGUCUGAUUUAUGCCCAUGGUUAAAAGGAGCAGGCCAGUUUUCAAGAUAAAGAAGAUUUGGCGUUGACUGCCCCAGAGCUGUGUUCAGCUCUGGGCAGCAUAGUGGGUGGACUCACACUUGCUCGGUUCAGGCAGCUCUGCUGGAGGUCGGUGCCAUGCCUAAGCCUGUGCACAUGCAUCCAGCUGCUUAAGAUGGGUGCUUCCUUGUGCUUGGUCACCAGAAGUUCCCCGGGACUCUCUUUCAUAGAUCGUGACUUUGUGUUAUUUUCCGUGUUAUUCGAAAUCGCCGACGAGUUUAGACCAGCUCACCAACAGUUAAUGUGGUCCAUUUUAUUUUCUAAUAUUGGUUUAUCUAAUCUUUUCUGCGUGGUGCUGUCUUCCAUUCCUGUCUCACUAUGUGUAAGAUUUUGUCAUGUAUGUUCACAGAAACAUGGAAUUCUCUGAUUUUGAUCUGAACAUGAGUUUUUUAACCGUAUUUUGACAUGAGGUUCCUGACAUUGGAUACAAAGUUAUCAGCAUUCACAAAUCUUUUGGUUUUCUCUAUUUUUUUGUCCUUUGAGAUGAAGUGCUGUUCUUUUGCCCAGGUUGGAGUACAGUGGUGAAAUCAUAGCGCACUGCAGCCUUGAACUCCUGGGCUCAAGCAAUCCUCCCACCUGAGCCUCCCAAGUAGCUGGGACUACAGGCGCCUGUCACCACCCCCAGCUAAUAUUUUUUUUUAAUUUUUUAGAGGCAGGAUCUUGCUAUCCAAUUUUUUAAAAAAACUAAAAUUGCCAACUUUAGAAUCUUGACAAAAAACAUUAAUUUUAGGAGAGUCUACUUAUGCAGUGUUCAAAAGUACUGAAUUAGAAACCAGGAAAUUUUAGUUCCUUCUACCUGUGUGAUCUUGGGGAAAUUAUUUAACCUCUCACUCCUAAUUUUCCCCUUCUGUAUAAUGGGAGUCCUGGAUCACAAUAUGUCUGGGCUCUUAUUACCCAAACAUCUGAGAUUCCAUUUUUGCCAUGUGUCAUCGAGUCUCUCCCCAACAGAUGUUUGUGAUGCUUUCGUGGCUCUCCCCAUGGUGGGCUUCUUUCAGAAUUAGACUCCUGGUAAGUCACUGAGUCAGCAGCCUUCACACUAUCUACCCUUAAAUAUCCAACCCCAGCAAUUUAUACAAUGCUGUCAUAUUUUUAUAAAAACAAAAGUAAGCCAUCCUCAUAUAAGGAACUCCUUGGUAAAUAUUAACCUUAAAAACGGUUUUCGUACUCAAACAAGAUGCUUUGUUCUCCAGCAAGAUAUUCAUCUCAUCCCUUGCACUUUUGUUUAAUUUGUGGAUUCAGAUUAGACUGAGGAAAAUGGAAAAUAUGACCUUGGUAUUUUCUUAAAGUUGUGCCACCUUAGGGCCCUUUUUUUUUUUUUUUUCCUUCACUGGAUAAAUAAAAUAUGUGAACGAGCGGAACCUGAAUUGCAUUGUCAUUCCUUCAGUGUGGUUAUUUUCUCUCCAACAUGUAAUUUUCCAUUCUGAGACUGAAUAAGCUCUGAUGUUUCCCCGGCUAAAUGGAAGAAUAAAUGAAGCAAUUAGUA